UUAUAAUCAAUUUUAAUAUUUACUUCCAAACUUUUAAAUAAAGUAAAUCUACCACGUCAUAUUUUCUUACUACUAUUAUCAAAAACGAUAGACUUUUUACUGAUGAAAAAAAUAAAUAUAUAGUUAUUUUCAACAAAAUGAAAGGAAUACUUUGGAUCAUUUGUUACAACUAAAAUCUAGGAAAUAACUGAGCGCGGGAAUUUUCAAAUUGAUGUAGCUAAAACGGGGAAUUUCAUUAUGCUGAUUCUUCAAAGAAUGUAUUGUUUGGUGAGUCAUAAAAGUUUGAGAAGUCUGUUCAUACCCAAUUCAAGAAAUAACAAAGUUCUUAAUUUCAAAGAAAUCAUUAGCAUGAGAACUGAUUCUAUGCCUUUAUUAUAUCACUCUUUGAUGACAAUUUUGGACGUCUUGGAAAAACCCGAGAACAAGAAUACUGAUGGAGUCAAAGAACUACUGGACAUUUAUGAAAAAGUAAAGGAUGAGAAUUCUAAAUAUAAAGCUGCAGGUGAAGUUAAAACCCAUCCAUUGAUUGUAUUAGAAGGACUAGAUGGAUCAGGAAAAACCACAGUUGGUAAUCGUUUCGCAAAGAAAAUUGGAGCUAAGAAAUGGAAAACUCCUCCUGAGUCUAUAUCUCAUAUUCGACACCUCUUUGAUGAUAAUAAUAAUCUGCGAACAGCUUACUAUUCCUUGGGAAAUUACAUUGCAGCUUUAGAAGUGGAAAUGUUGUUGAAAAAUUGUCCGGUUGUGAUGGAUAGGUUUUGGCAUUCUACAGCUGCUUAUGCUAUAGCUCAAUCAAUACAGGAUAAAGGAGAUAUGUAUGUGCUGCCUGCAAAAGGAGAUAAGAUUUAUUGUUGGCCAGAAGAUUUAUUCAAGCCUGACAUUGUAUUAUUACUAAAUGUCAGUGAAGAGGUUAGGCUACAAAGACAGUCGAGAAGAACCAAUGUUACCACUCAAGAAGAACUACUGAACUCAUGUUCAGAAUUUCGAAAACAAGUCAUUGAAGCAUACCAGAAUAUGUACAACCCCGGUGUGAUACUCAUCAACGGUGAUCUAUCAUUUGGAGCAGUUCUUGGACAACUUCAAAAAGAAACUAGCAGUCUGUUGAAAAAGUAGUUUAUGGUUCAGUCGUGUGUCCUAGCCAGAUUUAAAUAUCUAGCUUUCAAAAAGCCCAUUACUUAUUCUGUACUUGAUUCAGUUGUUUCAUUCUUUCAAAAAUAAAUGGUUCAAUAUGA